AUGGUUAUCCCAUUGGUUUCAAACACAAAGGGAAACAGCAGCCUGAGAAGAACCUUCAGUCUACCCCAAAACCUCAAGCUGCUCCGAAACCCGUUGUUGCUCAGCUUAUCUGCUCAGAGUAAUAAUGACAACAGUUACUCGGGUAUAGUCAAUACACUCUCGAAGGAUCAAAUACAAGAAGUCAUUGCUUAUUUCAGCUCUCAACUACAAACCUAUGCGCUGCAACAUACCUCUACUUCUACCAGUGGUGGUACCAUCACAGCUCUUCCCGGUAUGGCUUUCUCUUCCUCCACAUUGUGCUUUGUUGGGAUAUUGAAAGCAACCGGAAAUGCUCUUUCAUCGAAAUCUUGGAUCAUCGAUAGUGGUGCUACACAUCAUGUUUGCCAUGAUAGAAGUAUGUUUGUUGGUUUAUCUGACUCCCUGAAUAGAUCAGUGAGGCUUCCUACUGGAAUAGGAGUGAAAAUUGCUGGGAUUUGGAACUGUUAA